AUGGCAGAAGUAGAUCUCACCUUCGACUCCCUCCUUGAUCUCCUCCGACGUUUACCUCCAACUCGAGUAGAGGAAAACGUCAAUGCGCUGUGUGACCUGGCACCGGAGUAUACAGAUGAUUUACUGGGAAAUGUAGAUCAGCCGUUGAAGGUCUUGGCGGAUGGUGAGAAAGGAAGGGAGUUUCUGGGUUGCGAUUAUAACAGGGAUGGUGAUUCGUUUAGAUCUCCAUGGUCUAACAACUACCUACCCACAUCUACCGGCGGACCUGUACCAUCUUCGAGACUGAGAGAAUUGGAAGUAUCCCUCAACGCAGCGUUUGAUACCUAUAGGGAAAUGUACUUUGAAGGUGGAAUAUCCAGUGUGUAUCUAUGGGACUUGGAGGAUGAUCCAGGACAGGGUAAAGAGAUUAGUUUUGCUGGUGUGGUGUUGAUGAAGAAGGUCCUCUCAUCACCUACAUCAGAUCAACCAGAAACCACCCCUUCAGGCUCAUGGGAUUCCCUACACGUAUUUGAAUGUCAAGAAAGAGGAAGAUCGGCGAAAUACAAAUUGACCUCUACAGUGAUGUUAGUGUUGGAGACGAAAACGCUAGCUAAGGCAGAGUUGAAAGGUGUUGAUGAGAGUGAGAGUACGGGAAAGGGUGGUGUGACCUUGAGUGGUAGUAUGACUAGACAGGCAGAAGUAGAUUACCCCUUAACCAACUCUGAAGGACAUAUACCAAAUAUAGGGAGAAUGGUAGAAGACAUGGAAAUCAAAAUGCGUAAUCUCCUUUCAUCAGUGUAUUUCGGUAAAACCAAAGAUGUGAUCAAUGAGCUACGUUCACAGAGCGGGUUGGAGAUGAAGUCGAAAGAGGAUCUAUUGAGGGCUGAAUUGGCAGGUAAAUUGGGCGGUAGAAGGGCAUAA